UUCUCAGUUUUGUCGAUUUAAAUGCCCUCAAAACCGUUAAACAAAGUUUCAAAUGAAACGCUCAUUUUGUAAUAAAAAAACAGUAAUUUAACAAUUAUAUGUGACUUUUUUUUAUACAAUUAAACAAGUUAAAAUUAUUGUUAACGCGUAAAUUUUCUUUUAAUUCAAUCAUUGUCUCGGUUAAAUUGUCAGUGUUGUAAAAUUCUUGUUAAAUUUACACUCAACUGUCUGCAUAUAGUUAAUAUCGGAAAUGUUGAAAGGAAAGGAAAAUGCCAUUCAUGUAGGAAAUUAUAGUGCUCAUGAUAAGGGAAAAUCAUUAAAGGGAAAAAAUCCUGUAAAUGAAAAAGAAAUGAUCAAAAAUACAUCGGAGACAAAUAAUGAUAAUAUAUUAAAAAAUUCAAUUAAAAAUAAUCAUACAUUACAUAAUAAUGAAAAUAAAUCUAAAGUAACAACGCCAGAAUUAAUGCCACCUCCAAAAUUGCAAUCUGCACCAAAAUUGACAGAAUCAAGUGAACAGAAAAAUAAAAUUAGUGAAAAAGAAAGUACUGAUAAAAUGAAAGAGAGUUCAAAAAAAUGGAUGUUAACUGAUUUUGAUAUUGGUAAACCAUUAGGUAAAGGAAAAUUUGGAAAUGUUUAUUUAGCUAGACAUAAAGAUACAUCAUUUAUUGUUGCAAUGAAGGUACUUUUUAAGGAUCAAGUAAUGAAAGCUGGCGUUGAACAUCAAGUGCGACGUGAAAUUGAAAUUCAAACACAUCUAAGACAUCGUAAUAUUCUUCGAAUGUAUGGUUAUUUCCAUGACGAUAAGCGGAUUUAUCUCAUUUUAGAAUAUGCACCAAAAGGAGAAUUGUACAAAGAAUUAAAUAGUCAAGAGAAUAAAAGAUUUAAUGAAGUUAGAACAGCUACUUAUAUAACACAAUUGGCCGACGCUUUGAAAUAUUGUCAUAAACGAAAAGUUAUACAUCGCGAUAUAAAGCCGGAAAAUUUAUUACUUGGUCUUCAUGGUGAAUUGAAAAUAGCUGAUUUUGGUUGGUCCGUUCAUGCUCCCUCAUCGCGAAGAACAACAUUGUGUGGAACUUUAGAUUAUUUACCACCAGAAAUGGUUAAAGGAUUAACGCACAAUCACACUGUUGAUUUAUGGGGUAUUGGUGUUUUGUGCUAUGAGUGCUUAGUUGGAGAGCCUCCAUUUUUAGCAAAAACAUACGAAGAUACUUAUGUAAAAAUCACAAAAGCACGAUAUAAUUGUCCCUCAUAUGUCAGUGAAGGAGCGCAAGAUUUAAUUAAAAAGCUAUUAGUAGUUGAUCCCGAUCGUCGACUGAGUUUAGAUGGAAUUCUUAAUCAUCCGUGGAUUGUUGAAAAUCGUACAACCGAACCGACACCAACAUGAAGAGUAACAAAAAUACAGUAUGUUAUACAAAUAAUUGAAUGUAAUGUAUGAAUCUAAUGUUUUUUUAAAAAUAUUUUUUUAAUGGUUAUAUAUAUAAAAAAUUAUGUUCCUUAAUAACUCGUUAUAGAAUUAAAAAAAGAAUUUUUUUUUUUUUUUGUUAGUCAUAUUUUUCCAGACUUUUUUUUUCUUUAUCACAAAUAAAUUUUUUAUACAAGAAA